AUGGGGCUAAGGGUGACCAUCCUUUUGACACUAUGGCUGGCUGUGGGCUAUGCAGGUGAAAUUAAAAAAGGAAGAGAUCCUAGCCAUGGCCAGUAUGUCUGCAGUACCUGGGGGAACAACCAUUUCAAAACCUUUGACGGUGAUUUUUACCAGUUUCCUGGUGUCUGUGAUUACAACUUUGUGUCUGACUGCCGAGAUACAUACAAGGAAUUCUCCAUUCACAUCCAGCGUGAACUGAACAGCCAAGGGCACCCUGACAUCCAAUUUGUUCUUGUCACAAUUAAGGAUGUUUCAAUCCAACUCAGUCAUUCUGUGGUUGUGGUGAACGGGCAAAUUGCAAAAACGCCUUACCAUCAUUCUGGUCUUCUGAUUGAGAAGAAUGACAUGACUAUCAAAGUCUAUGCCAGAGUGGGUAUGACUGUCAUAUGGAACAAAGAGGAAGCCUUGAUGGUUGAACUUGACAGUAAGUUUCAAAACAACACAUGUGGUCUGUGUGGAGAUUACAAUGGCCAGCAGAUCUACAAUGAAUUUAUCUCUGGUGGAUUUAAAUACAACCCAAUCACUUUUGGAAAUCUACAGAAGGUUAAUAAUCCACUAGAAGUAUGUCAAGACCCUGAUGAAACACAGACGGUGCAACUCUGUAACAAGCAUCGUGAUGAGUGUGAGCAGCUGCUGACAGCUCCAGCCUUUGCAGAUUGUCAGUCCCGCUUGAAUUUGGAACAGUAUGUUCAAGCUUGCAUGCAAGACAGGUGUGCUUGUCAGAAUGGCGAAGACUCCUUCUGCCUCUGCAGCACUGUCUCAGAGUUCUCCCGACAAUGCUCCCAUGCUGGCGGAAAGCCUCAGAACUGGAGGACGCCUCAACUGUGCCCUAAGUCAUGUCCUGGAAACAUGGUCUACCUAGAAAGUGGGUCACCCUGUAUGGAUACCUGUUCCCACCUGGGGAUCAGCAGGCUGUGCGAAGAACACUAUAUGGAUGGCUGCUUUUGCCCUGAAGGCACGGUAUAUGAUGACAUCACUGAGAAAGGCUGUAUACCCACAAGCCAAUGUCACUGUAAGCUUCACGGGAAAAUAUAUUCCCCUGGCCAAAACAUCACCAACGAGUGUGAAAGCUGCAUCUGUGACUCUGGUAGGUGGGUAUGCCAGGACAUACCCUGUCCAAGUACAUGUGCAGUGGAAGGAGGAGCACACAUCUCUACUUUUGAUGGAAAGAAAUUCACAUUUCAUGGAAACUGCUACUAUGUGUUCACCAAGAGCAAUAAAAAUGACUCACAUGCCCUCUUGGGAGAACUGGGCCCAUGCAGUUCUACAGAGAAGCAGACAUGCCUGAAGACAGUAGUGUUGCUGACAGACAACAAGAAAAAUGUUGUGGUUUUCAGAUCAGAUGGCACUGUAUUGCUGAAUGAGAUGGAGAUCAACUUGCCCCAUAUAGCAGCCAGCUUCUCAGUUUUUCAACCAUCUUCUGAUGACCUUAUUGUGCAAACAUCCUUUGGCCUCAAGCUUCAAAUCCAGUUGGAUCCAGUGAUGCAGUUGUUUGUCAUGUCAGACCAAUCCGCCAAAGGAGCUCUCCAAGGUCUUUGUGGAAAUUUCAAUGGAAUAGAAGCUGAUGAUUUCAAAACAUCUGGUGGAUUGGUUGAAGCAACAGGGACUUCCUUCGCUAACACCUGGAAAGCACAAGCCAGCUGCACAGACAUAGUGUCUUCAUGGGAAAAUCCUUGCUCUCUUAGCCUUGAAAAUGAAAAUUAUGCCGAACAUUGGUGCUCUUUAUUGAAAAGCACAGAAAGUGUUUUUGCGAAAUGCCACUCAGUCAUUGACCCAACAGAUUAUUACAAGCGCUGCAAGUAUGACACCUGCAACUGUAAUUCCAAUGAACAAUGCUUGUGUGCUGCCCUGUCAUCGUAUGCGAGAGCCUGUGCCUUGAAACGGGUCAUGCUGUGGGGCUGGAAAGAUAACAUCUGCAGUAUGUCCUCUUCCUGCCCUACAACCCAAGUCUUCCGUUACAAUCUUACGUCAUGCCAGCAAACCUGCCGCUCUCUUACUGAUGGGGAUAAGCAUUGCUUGGAAGGCUUUACCCCAGUAGAUGGCUGUGGUUGCCCCGAUAAUACCUACCUGAAUGAAAAAGGUGCCUGUGUGCCAGCUUCUAAGUGCCCGUGCCAUUACAAAGGCUCCUAUGUGCAGGCUGGAGACAUCAUCAUGAAACAGGAUGAGCGCUGGUAUGUUAAGGUUAUGGUUUAUUGGCUUUCUCCUUGGAAUAGAGUUCACUUGCAAAAGCCAACUGUCCAUUUUACUCUGUUCUUCUCCAGUAUUUGCAAAAACGGAAAAUUCCUGUGUAUACCAGUGGGGACAUCAGAUCACGAAUGUUCAGCUGAAAUGACAUAUUUUGACUGCAACAACAUUAGCUCAUCUUCUCAAACACCAAUACAAGUUACCUGUCAAACCCUGGGUACUGAACAUUUCCAGACAGAGUGCAUCUCAGGAUGUGUAUGCCCUGAUGGACUGAUUGAUGAUGGCCAAGGAAGAUGUGUUAGAGAAGAGAACUGUCCAUGCAUUCAUAACAAGGAUUUUUAUUCCUCUGGAACGAAAAUAAAUGUGGACUGCAACACAUGUACUUGCGAAAGAGGAGCCUGGCGCUGCACCACCAAUGUGUGUUAUGGAACAUGUAUCAUUUAUGGAAGUGGCCAUUUUGUUACCUUUGAUGGAAGAUAUUAUGACUUUGAUGGCAACUGUGAAUAUGUGGCUUCCCAGGAUUACUGUGGCGACAAAAGUUCAGAGGGAACGUUUAGUAUCAUCACAGAGAAUGUGCCCUGCGGAACCACAGGAGUCACCUGCUCCAAGGCCAUUAAAUUGUUUCUAGACAACACUGAACUAAAGUUGGAAGAUAAACACAUAGAAAAAGUGUACCUGAACUCUAGUAGUGCAGUGACUUACUGGAUCCAUGAGCCAGUUGGGCUGUACGUUGUGGUUGAAACCAGCAAUGGUAUUAUGCUCAUCUGGGACAAGAAGACAACUAUUUUCGUUAAGUUGGCACCAAGCUAUAAAGGAAAUGUCUGUGGUUUAUGUGGCAACUUUGAUGACAAAGCCAGCAAUGACUUCACAACAAGGAGCAUGGUCCAAGUGAACAAUGCACUUGUCUUUGGAAAUUCAUGGAAAAGGGAUUCAAAAUGUGCUGAUGUGGACACAGUCAUUAAGCCCUGUGACGAGAAACCUCAUCGCAAAGCUUGGGCAGAGAAAGAAUGCAGCCUCAUCAAAACUGAUGUAUUCAAAACAUGCCAUAGUAAGGUGGACCCAGAGCCAUACUAUGAUGCUUGUGUACACGAUUCUUGCGCUUGUGACAGCGGUGGAGAUUGUGAAUGCUUCUGUACUGCCGUUGCUGCCUAUGCACAAGAAUGCAUCAAAGCCGAAGCCUGUGUUGACUGGAGAACUCCUGAAAUAUGCCCAAUCUAUUGUGAUUACUACAAUCCUUCCCCGGAAGUGUGUGAAUGGCACUACGAGCCUUGUGGACGUGAAAUUCUGACCUGUGACAUGCUCCAUCUUGUCAGCAACAUUUCAGUGCCACGCGUGGAAGGUUGCUAUCCACGAUGUCCUCCAGAGUUCCCUUUCUACAAUAAUCAUACCAACACAUGUGUAACAAAAGAGGACUGUGGCUGCUAUUUUGAAGACAAAUACUAUGGAACUGGUGCUCUUGUUCCCAGUUACUCCAAAGAACUGUGUCAGGAAUGCUUUUGCAUGGGAGCAGGAAGAAUAGAAUGCAGACCACUAGAAGGCUGCUGUAUUUAUGAGGGCGAAGAAUAUCCUGUAGGAACCAUCAUUCCAGGGAAUAAUGGAUCAUUCUGUUUCGACUUGAUCUGCAUGUUAAAUGGCACUUGGAAGACUGACAGUGUACAUUUCUGUGGUACAACCACAAUUCCUACAACUACAAUUUCAACAACCUCUUCUACCACUACUACAACCACCACAACAACCUCUACUACUACAACCUUUUCAACAACUACAGGUCCGUGCAUCUGCUACUGGAGUCCAUGGUAUGAUGUCAGUGUUCCUCAAGAUGUACCAGGAGGUGGGGAUUAUGAGACUUAUGAGGCCAUAAGCAAUAAAGAAGGCACAACAAUAUGUUCAGAACCAUUAAGUAUACAAGAUAUUCAGUGCAGGGCUAAAGAUGCACCCGAUCAAAGUUUGGAAGCAUUGGGACAGACCGUGACCUGUAAUGUUACUUAUGGGCUCAUUUGUAGAAAUGAAGAUCAAGAUAAGAGCCUCUGGCACCUCUGCUAUAAUUAUGAGAUCAGUGUGUACUGCUGCUCACCUAUGUGUUCAACAGUAUCUCCAAGCACAACUCCUACAACAACAACAACGACAACAACCACACCAACUACAACUACGGCAACUCCCACUCCCACCACAACCUCAACUACAUCAACUACGACACCAACCACCACUUCUACCCCUACCCCAACCACCUCCCCUACCUCAACCCAGACUACUACUCCUACAACUACUUCAACGCCAUCUACCACCUCACCAACUACUUCUCCAACUACAACUACAGGAGGGAAUGCUCUUUAUUUACUGUCUGUGAAUGUUCCUUUCACAACCAUGCAUGUGACCAUUGUUUUCUUCAUGUCCAUUUUUUUUGAAGCCCCUUGUGUCCCUUCAGAAAUAUGUUCAUGGUCUGGAUGGAUUGAUGUGAGUUAUCCACAAUACGGCCCAGAAUAUGGUGAUGAUGAAACCUACAAGACCAUCAGAGAGCAUAACAUUGAUAUUUGUGAGCAGCCAGAAAACAUAUCAUGCCGCGCAGUGAAAUUUCCUGAUCUCUCCUUUGAAGAGUUGGGACAAAAUGUGGAAUGUAAUGUUUUGACCGGGCUCAUUUGCAACAAUAGAGACCAAGUUCCUGGACCUGUGAUGCAUGAAUCUCUGUGUCUCAACUAUGAGAUCAACGUAUACUGUUGCAAACCUGUCUGUACAACUACACCACCAACCACCACAUCUUCAACCACAACUCCUACCACUACCUCCACACCAUCAACUACUACAACCACUACCACCACUACUAUUACUACUUCGACACCAUCAACCACCACAUCAGGAAAGAUUUCUGCUCUAAAUGUUCCUUUCACAACCAUGCAUGUGACCAUUGUUUUCUUCAUGUCCAUUUUUUUUGAAGCCCCUUGUGUCCCUUCAGAAAUAUGUUCAUGGUCUGGAUGGAUUGAUGUGAGUUAUCCACAAUACGGCCCAGAAUAUGGUGAUGAUGAAACCUACAAGACCAUCAGAGAGCAUAACAUUGAUAUUUGUGAGCAGCCAGAAAACAUAUCAUGCCGCGCAGUGAAAUUUCCUGAUCUCUCCUUUGAAGAGUUGGGACAAAAUGUGGAAUGUAAUGUUUUGACCGGGCUCAUUUGCAACAAUAGAGACCAAGUUCCUGGACCUGUGAUGCAUGAAUCCCUGUGUCUCAACUAUGAGAUCAACGUAUACUGUUGCAAACCUGUCUGUACAACUACACCACCAACCACCACAUCUCCAACCACAACUCCUACCACUACCUCCACAUCACCUACCACUUCUACAAGUACUAGUACAUCAACAACCACGCCUUUUACUACAACUACCACAACUCCUUCCACCACUUCAACUACUACCACCACUACUCUGACUACCACUCCCACAACUACACCAACGACAACUCCUACCACUACCUCCACACCAUCAACUACUACAACCACUACUACUCCUACUACUUCGACACCAUCAUCCACCACAUCAGUAACAACAGGCAGCAGUACAAAAAUAUGUUCAUGGUCUGGAUGGAUUGAUGUGAGUUAUCCACAAUACGGCCCAGAAUAUGGUGAUGAUGAAACCUACAAGACCAUCAGAGAGCAUAACAUUGAUAUUUGUGAGCAGCCAGAAAACAUAUCAUGCCGCGCAGUGAAAUUUCCUGAUCUCUCCUUUGAAGAGUUGGGACAAAAUGUGGAAUCUCCCUGCAUGUGCGAGUGGUCUAAUUGGAUUAGUGUGAGUAAACCAUCUUAUGAGGAUAAGACUGGAGGUGAUAAUGAAACAUAUGUGAAUAUCAGAGAGCAUGGCAUAUCUGUCUGCUCACAGCCGUUAAAUAUUUCGUGCAGAGCAAAAGAUUUUCCUUAUGUCCCCUUGAGGGAACUGCAACAGACACUGGUGUGUGAUGUAAACUCAGGACUGUUGUGCUUAAACAAAGAUCAAACCUCAGAAAGUGUGGCACCAAGUUGUCUGGACUAUGAAAUUAGCAUCUAUUGCUGCUUUGAUCAAUGUUUCACAACAUCAGCAAGUACUACAAUUUCUACUAGUACUAGUAAUACAACGAAGACUACACCAACGACGACUACGGCAAUGACAACAACAACAGUACCAUGCACCACCGAGGAAACAGAAACAUGGUCUACUACAGAGACACCUACAACCACCUCUACCACCACUAGCACUACUACAACCACUCCAUCAACCACAACUGAGACUUCACCCACAACCACCUCUACAACUACAUCAACUCAAUCACCCACCACCACCACACAAACCCCCACAACAACCACAACGGUGUCAACAUCUACCCCUACUGAGACAUCUACAACCACCUCUACCACCACUAGCACUACUACAACCACUCCAUCAACCACAACUGAGACUUCACCCACAACCACCUCUACAACUACAUCAACUCGAUCACCCACCACCACCACCACAGAAACCCCCACAACAACCACAACAGUGUCAACAUCUACCCCUACUGAGACAUCUACAACCACCUCUACAACCACUAGAACUACUACAACCACUCCAUCAACUACAACGAGACUUCACCCGCAACCACCUCCAACGCACUGCCACUGUGAAAUGGAUGGUCAAAUAUAUCUGCCAGGUGAAACAAUAAAGACUGAAGCUCAUGGUGAUCGGUGCUUCCUUGCAAAUUGCUCAUACUGGUGUGAAGUGGAGUAUUUCUUUUGGUUUUGUCCAACUACAACUACAACAGUCACAACCACAACCAUAACAGUGCCUACAACUACACCUACAGCAUCUAGUACAUCCUUAAGCAGCACCACAACACCAGUUAGUACAACAAGCUCUUCAACAGCAACUCCUACAAUCACUAGCACACCAUCUAGUACACCCCCACCAUGUUUAAAUGGGACUGUUCAGCCAGGAGAAAAGUGGUGGAUAUGUGAAUGCGUCCAAGCCAUAUGUAUUUCAGGGAAUGAGUCUAUAAUAGUGCCAGUAGAGUGUGUUCCCCCACCAAAACCCACAUGCUCCAAUGGGCUUACGCCUGUUCGCGUGGUGAAUGAUGAUGGAUGUUGCUGGCACUGGGAAUGUGACUGCUAUUGCACCGGCUGGGGAGACCCACAUUAUAAGACAUUUGAUGGGCACUACUACAGCUACCAAGGCAAUUGUACCUACACCUUGGUGGAAGAAAUCCAUAAAACAAUUGACAACUUUGGAGUGUACAUUGAUAAUUAUCACUGUGAUCCACGGGAACCGGUCUCCUGUCCACGUACACUCAUUGUAAAACAUGAAACUUUGGAAGUGCAGAUGAGAACGGUCACAUUGAUUCCUAUGAAAUUACAGGUAUGAGUGUUAGUGAAUGACUUGCCAGUGGCUGUGCCUUUCAAAAAAUAUGGUGUGCAAGUUUAUGAAUCAGGCCUAAACUAUGUGGUGGAUAUUCCUGGACUGGAUAUGAAUGUAACCUUCAAUGGCAUUUCCUUCACUAUUCGAAUGCCCUACCACCUGUUUGGCAACAACACUCAGGGACAAUGCGGCACGUGCACCAACAGUACGGAGGAUGAUUGUAUGUUCCGUAAUGGAACUUACACAAGUAACUGUGAAAUCGCAGCCGAUGACUGGAUUGUUGAUGAUCCCUCUAAACCUCAGUGCCCUCACAUUAAACCUGGUGGAACAACAACAGAUAAGCCUCACGGCACCUGCCAACCAUCUCAGCUCUGUGAGCUUAUACUAACGAGUGUAUUCCAGAAAUGUCAUGCUGCUGUUGAUCCUGAGAGCUACUACGCAGCCUGCUUGUUCGAUGGCUGCUUUGUUCAGGGGAGGAACAUGGAGUGCAUAAGUCUUCAAGUCUAUGCAGCGAUCUGUGCAGACCAAGGGGUCUGCAUUGAUUGGAGAAGCCAUACAAAUGGCACAUGUCCUGUUGAAUGCCCACCAAAUAAAGUUUACAAAGGAUGUGGUCCUGUUCAAGAAGAAACAUGCAAAUCUGGCUUGAUACCACUCAACCAAACGCAAAGAAGAGAAGGCUGUUUCUGCCCUGAGGGGACAAAGCUUUAUGAUGCUGGUUCAGAUGUCUGUGUGAAACAUUGUGGAUGUCUUGGGCCAGAUAAUAUACCAAGGAAGUUUGGGGAGAGAUUUCAGUUUGAUUGCCAAGACUGUAUUUGCCUGGAAGGAGGCAGUGGCAUCAUCUGUGAACCCCACCCGUGUCCAGCAAUCUCCGACGAAGGACAGUGUGAAGGAGAAGGAUACUAUGAGAUCACAGAAGUCAAUCCUGAUGACAAAUGCUGUUCUAAAACUGUAUGUGUAUGCAAUGCCAGCGACUGCACAGCCAAGCCUCCUAAUUGUGAACCAGGGUAUGAGCCUGUUGCUGAGACUCCCGAAGGCCGUUGUUGUCCUAUUUAUCGAUGUAAACCCAAGGGAGUUUGUGUGCACAAUGGUAAUGAAUACAAGCCUGGUUCAGAUGUCCUAGGAGGCAAGUGCCAGCUGUGUACGUGCACACAUGAUAAAGACCCCAGUACUCUUCUGAAUGCCAUCCGUUGUGGCCCAGUCCCAUGCAAUGUGACAUGUGAACAAGGCUAUUCUCUUAUAGCAUAUGGUGAUGAAUGCUGUGGGAGCUGUGUGCAGACAAGCUGCAUUGCACGAACAACAGAUAACACAAUUCUUCUAUUGAAACCUGGUGAACAACAGAAUGAUCCACAUGACAACUGCACUGUUUACAGCUGUGUGAGAAUCAACAAGCAGCUCAUCUCCUCUUCCUCUCUGAUCAGCUGCCCACCAUUUAAUGAGAAAAGAUGUCAACCUGGCACCAUUAGAGUUUUACCUAGUGGCUGCUGUAAAACAUGCAUAGCUUUAGAACCUGAAACACCACCAGCGUGCUCUCCGGCUGAAACGACAGAUUACAUCACUUAUGAUGGUUGCCGUUCAGAAGAACCAGUCAGUAUAACACAGUGUGAGGGAAGAUGUGGAACUUCUUCAAUAUACUCUGUUGAAGCCAACACAAUGGAACAUAAGUGCAGCUGCUGCCGGGAAUCAAAGACCAGCAUGAAGGAAAUCACUCUGCUGUGUCCUGGUAGACAGAGCAAGAAACAUCGCUACAUCUAUGUGGAAAGCUGUGAAUGUCUCAACACUGAGUGUGACCAGUCGGUUCCAUCAGAGUAAUCCCAGGAGACCUAAGGAUGAAGUAGCACGGAAUAAUCCAGAGUUUAGAAGAGGAACGGAGCACCAGGGAAGGACAAUUAAAGCAGUAAAGUGAAGAUAAGAAGGUCCUGAACUUAAGGAAAAGUUCUCACUCUUUUUAAAAGGAUAUACAGUACAAAGACUUUACAUGCUUUAUCAUUGUCCACAAAUCAUUCUGCAUCUUGCUUUAUUUUUGACAUUACUCUCAAUCCAUGCCUUCUCUGUCUGUUUUCCCAU